AUGGCCACCGUGUCGGAAUAUCGUAAGAUCCCCGGUGGUUUCGACGCCGUCGGCGGUCUCGAGGUCGCGCACAGCACCUCCGGCGUCGAGCGGCUGAGAUCAAGACAAAGCAAGGCAGCAGCCCCUCGGUCUGCCUGCUCAGCUGAUGAGCGUGCGUCAGGCGACGCUAAGGCGAACGGCGCGCAGUUCGUCGAGGCUGAGGUCCGCCGCCUGAUGAUCGCCGACGGCCGCACGACCGGUGUCGAGCUGGGAGACGUCUCCUCCAGCCGGCAGCUAAUCGCCGAUGUUGUCAUCUUGGCAACCGGCGUCUGGGCGCAGGCGCUGUUGGCGCGUGAACAACAACACCAGCAGCAGCAACACGACCACCAGAUUGCGGAUGGAUCUCCGCUGCCAGUCGUCCCCGUGGUGCCAGUCGGACACCCGUAUCUGCACGGCGAGCCUAGACCAGCGCUCGGCAGAAAGAUGCCGUUUGUGCGCUGGCCAGAACACCACGUCUAUGCGCGCGAUCACGGGGAUCGUUACGGCCUUGGCACGUACGACCACCAGCCGCUUGAGUGCAAGCUCACGAACGGCACGGCGAUCGGCGACUGGGUUCAAGGGUUCGACGCGCCCCUGACGGCGGCCACGAGCCUUGUGCCGGACGAGGCGUCAAAGCAGCUGCGGGCUGGCGUCAAAUUCAACGGCAUCUUCUCCAUGACGCCCGACAACAUGCCCCUGGCGGGAGCCGUGCAGUCGAUCAGAGGCUUGUACAUGGCCGUUGCCGUGUGGGUGACGCACGCUGCGGGGACGGCCAAGUUCCUGACCAGAGUUAUUGAUGGGAUUGAAGGUAUUGAUGGCGACGAGGCAGUUCGGAGGGCGUUGGACCCCGAACGAUUCAAGGGCGGCGAUUUGGCGACUCUGGAAAAGGCAUCCCUUGAAGGGUACAACGAGAUCUACAAGACACAAGAGACGCAACUAUAG